UGCCUCACAACCUCCUCUUUGGAAAUAACCCACUUCUAGAUGAGAUAGCAACUGCUUAUCAAACAGAAAAAAGGCUCUCCCACCUGGGCUAGCAAGGCUUUCAAUGACAUCUGAGGGUAGUCUGUGACCAGCAGGCAUGGGAAACAGCUCUCUCUCGAAUGAUUUGAACAGCACCUGCAGCAAUGCAGGCAACAACUGCUACCUGGACAACAGUAUGAGGUUCAACUUAACCUUCCAAGAGCAGGCAGCUGAUUUCUACAUUGUCCUACCUGUGAUUUACUCAGUGAUCUGUGCUGUUGGGCUCACAGGCAACACUGCUGUCAUCUAUGUGAUCCUCAAGGCCCCCAAGAUGAAGACUGUGACAAACAUGUUCAUCCUGAACCUUGCUAUAGCUGAUGACUUGUUCACACUUGUCCUGCCCAUUAAUAUUGCUGAACACCUCCUCCACUACUGGCCCUUUGGAGAAGUUCUCUGCAAGGUUAUCUUGUCCAUAGACCACUACAAUAUCUUCUCCAGCAUUUAUUUCCUAACAGUGAUGAGCAUAGACAGGUAUCUGGUAGUACUGGCUACAGUCAGGUCCAAGAGGAUGCCACAUCGUACAUACCGAGCAGCCAGGAUUGUCAGUUUGUGCAUCUGGAUCCUAGUCACCAUCAUAGUUCUCCCUUUCAUCAUCUUUGCCAAUGUCUACAUAGAUGACCUGGAGAUCAAGAGUUGCGGUCUCAAUUUCCCCAAGCCUGAGAGGUUUUGGUUCAAAGCCAGCAGGAUCUAUACCCUCAUUCUUGGCUUUGCCAUUCCAGUAUCCACCAUCUGCAUCCUCUAUACCAUGAUGCUCUACAAGCUAAGGAACAUGCACUUGAACUCUAAUGCUAAAGCUCUCGACAAAGCCAAGAAGAAAGUCACUAUUAUGGUCUUCAUAGUCCUAGCUGUGUGUCUCUUCUGUUGGACCCCCUUCCACUUGGCCACCAUUGUGGCUUUGACCACUGACUUGCCCCAGACCUCCAUGGUCAUCGGUAUAUCCUACUUCAUCACCAGCCUAAGCUAUGCCAAUUCAUGCUUGAAUCCUUUCUUGUAUGCUUUCCUGGAUGACAGUUUUCGGAAAAGUUUCCGGAAGAUGCUGGAAUGCAGAACUUCUUGAACAGUGGGUUGAGGCUCACAGAUCCCUUCUCUCCCAUGGCUUUUUGCAGGGGCACCUUUGCCAACUAAAGGGGUGGCUAAUGAACGCACAAUGUUCUUUCUCUCAUUUACAUGUAAUAUAUGUGUCUGGUUAUCAUUAUCAUUCACAUGGUUUGUCCUGCUUACAAUUCUUGCAUUUUCCCCUCUCUGCACCUCCCAACUUCUCAAAGUUGCACUUCUAUAUUCUCAUUUUUAAUCACACCCCCCGAAGCAUUAGGACAGAAAACUUCCUUUUCAGAUGUGUACUUCUACUACAUAGUGGUCCUUUAUUGCCAUCUGCUGUACAGCACAGACAAGCUGGAGCCCAGCUUUCAAAUUAAUGUAAUGCUCAGCUCUUAACAGCUAUGUUAUUUGGAGGAUCGUUUCAUGGGACAGAGCUAACAAGCACUUUCAAUGACAUAUCAAUAAAGUGGACAGAGGAUGCAAGAUGAGAAUUUGGAAAACUAACCAUUUUCAUAUCCAUGUAUGCGUGUAUGUGUUAUGGCUUUAUUUUUGAUUAAGGGAUGUCUAUUUUCCACCCUAAAUUCCCUCUUUCCCGAGCUGUUAACACAAGUUAAAUUUAAACCAAAAGCAAGAUUCAUGUCUCAAACGUAGUGUUAAACAACACACCAUACAAAUACUAUAGCAACUGUGGGAAUUUGUGUUAGAAAUUAUUUUUGACUAAUUGUUCCUGUUCAGUUUCAAAUAUAUAUUU